AACUAUGGUUUGAAAUUUUGGUAUAAAAACACCACUGCCCAGAUUGUUGUCUCUAUCUUUUGCACCUCUUCAUUUUCAUAGCCUUUCCCUCAUCUGUUGAGAACCUCGCAUCUUUUCUUCUCCAUAGUUAUCAAAUUGAAAACAUCUCUUCCCCUCAUGUCUCUUCCGCAAAACCCCUUCACUUCAUCAACAAUACCAUCCAUGAAGAAAUCACCAUCGUUAGAGAAAGAAGACAACCAGAUGCAGAUCGAAAACGUCGACCGGAUCAGCAAACUUCCGGACGAUAUGUUGCUCAAAAUACUAAAGAGCUUGUCAACAGAGAAAGCGGUUCAGACAAGUUUGUUGUCCAAACGGUGGGAAGGUGUUUGGAAGCAAAUGCCUUAUCUCUUCUUCGAUAUGAAAAAUGCUCUCAAGGUGGAGUUGCCUCUAGCCGAACAAUCUCAUUUCAUUGCCCAAUUGAUAACCAAGAUUAUAAAUAAUCACAAUGGCAAUCUGGAGCGCUGCAAAAUCCUGCAUAUGACACCCCAAACUGAAGAUGGUACGCUGGAAACUUGGAUCCGAUCAUUGAUCCACGUGAAACACACUAAAUAUCUCGAACUUAAGGGAUUUCGUGUUAAUCAUCGUGAGAGAGCUCGUGUGCUCCACUUACCCCCAAACAUAUUUUCACAUCCAAUGCUCACAUCACUCCUUUUGUCUCGAUACACAUUUGAGUCUGCACAUGCCUUUAACAAUUGCAAUAACCUCAUUAUUCUUAAACUUUAUAAAAUCAAAGUUGCAGUUGAUGUGCUCAACACGGUCAUUGCAUCGUGCCCCUCCCUCAAGAUGCUGGUACUAGAAAUCUUCCAGAGCAGCCGAAGUGGCUGUCUGAAGAUUCAUAACGACAACUUAAAGUUUGUGCAUCUAACUUGCCCUGAAAUUGAUAACAUUGAAGUGUCUGCAGCUCUUCUGGACAUAUUCUCUGUUCACGGUAUUGAACUUGAGAGCGGGAAUAAUAUCGUUCUUGACGCCCCAAGAUUACUUCAGUUUGGUCGAAGAUUGUGGAAGAUACUUCAAAGUUUGCCUCACAUAAUCUACAAUAUCUCAUGCGACACUCAGGGGAAUGAAAAGAUUGGGCAUGAAUUCGUGAUGAACAUAGAAAAUUACUCCAUGGUUGUGUUUGCAAUUUUGGCGGUGAAUGUGGAUAUGAUGAAUCCAAAAGAAGUUUACAUGCUAAAGCAAGUUUUAGAUGCAUGGGCUAGAGACUUGCAAGUACUCAAUAUCUUCUUUAAGGAUAACGAUAUUCACAAGAAAGAAGGUGAAUCUUCUAUUGACGGAAUACAAAAUAAGUGGCAGAAUUGCUUUCUCAGUGUUGAUUUCCGUGUGAGAAGUGUGUGUUUGCAUAACUUCAAUGGUUUGGAUGAGGAUCAAUUUGCUUUAGCUGCAAGUUUUGUGAUACAAGGGAAGAUGAUGCAAAGUUUGAUGAUAGAGACGUUUUCGCUUCCAGCAAACAAAAAGUUGGCAGUAGAUAUUGCAGUGGAAAAAUUGAUGAAACUUCCAAAAGGUAACAAGAACCUUAAUAUUCAAUACAUUUGAUUGAAUUUGAUUCAAUCUAGUUAUUGGGUCAUAUGAACAAACUUUCCGUUUAUUUGAGUAAAGAUUAAUUACAUGGGUUAAACAUUCAAGUAAUAUGUUUGAUGAUUUUAUGUUUUAAUAUUGGGGUUUUUGCCAAAACUAACCCACAACUUGAUUUUAACCCCAAACCUAUAUCCAAACUUGAAUCAAAUGCAAAACUAACCUAAAAGCCUAGUGAAAUUACA